AUGCCCCUCUGGCCAUUCCGCGUCGAAAAAGACACUGAUGGGACGCCGUAUCUUCAGAUUCAAAAUGACACCAAAAAAGUGAAAUUCUCCGCGGUUACAGUAUCCUCUUUGAUCCUAAAGUGUCUAAAAGAGAAUGCCGAGCGGAAAUUGGGUCUCGAAGUGAAAUCCGCCGUGAUUACUGUACCUGCGUAUUUUAACGCAACGCAGAGGAGAGCUACGGAGGAAGCCGCGGAGCUCGCCGGGCUGAAAGUGCUCAGAAUCUUAAAUGAGCCCACUGCAGCCGCCAUCGCUUACAGUUUAAAGGGACAGAGGCUUUCACGAAGAAACAUUUUGAUCUAUGACCUAGGUGGCGGCACUUUCGACGUGGCAGUGGUGAAUGUGGAGGGGCCGAGGAUUACGGUAAAGGCGAAAGGAGGCGACACACAUUUAGGUGGACAGGAUAUUGAUAAUAUAAUUAUGAUCAAGAUGAUCGAGGAAUUCCGGAAAAGGCAUGGAAUGGAUUUGAAGGGAAACUAUCGGGCGUUGAAGAGGAUAAGGAAGGCUGCGGAGACGGCGAAGAUCACGUUGUCGGCGGGGAGUGUAGCCAGAAUUGAGCUAGAAUGUCUCCACCUCGGCAUCGACUUCAUUAUGAAAAUCUCGCGUUCUGAUUUUGAAUCCUGGAUCGAAAACCUUCUCAUUGCUACAGUAAUCCAUGUGGAACGAGCGAUUCGAGAAGCAAAUCUCAAAAAAUCUCAGAUUAAUGAGAUUGUGUUGGUCGGAGGGAGCACUCGGAUUCCUUUGUUGAAAAAAAUUAUUAAAGCGAGUUUUGAGGAGACCACUAAAAUCUGUGAAAGUAUUCAUCCGGAUGAGGCGGUGGCUUAUGGAGCCGCUGUGAUGGCUGCAGUGUUGUCAGGCGUCGAAGAAGUGCAAGACAUGCGUCUAAUCGACAUGAUUCCAAUGUCAAUCGGAGUCCAAUGCAAUCGAGACUAUAUGUCGGUGCUUAUCAAGAAAGGCACAGUGUUUCCAUGUACAAAAAAGAAGACAUUUAUUAAUAGUGAAGAUUUUCAGACAGUUAUCAAUGUGCCGGUUUAUGAAGGAGAACGAGUGUUGUGCUCUCAUAACCGGCAACUCGGGGAGAUCUCGCUCCCCAUCAACCCAAAAAAGCGAGGAGAAUCAGUGGUGGACGUUACCCUCGAGGUAGAUCACAAUGGAAUACUUCAAGCGACCGCAUUAGAUCUGAAUACCAAAAAAGCGAUAACCACUACGAUUGUCUACGAUCAUUGUACAUUCACACAACCGGAAAUCGAUGAGAUCACGAGUCAGAGUGAGGAGGAUCGGUUGUUUGAUGAGACGUUUAGAUUACGGUAUAAACAGUUGCAAAAGAGUGAGGAUAUGGCGUAUGACUAUAAACAUCGGUUGGAGAAAAUUCGGGGAAGUGUGGACCGUGAGAAGUUCUCCCAUCUAAUGGAUGCAGUGGAACGUGAGAUCUCCUGGUUAUCCGGUUUUCCAAAAGUGCCACCAAGUGAUUAUUUGCAUCGACGACGGGCGUUACGACUGAAAGUUUAUCCAACUUUGUUUUUGAAUUUGUCAUUUUAUUGA